AUGGUUAUCAAAGGUGACUACUGGAAGCUUGGUCAGCUACGCUCAGGAAAUACGGUUAAGUUCCAUCCGGUCACUCUAGAAGACGCAUUAAAGAUUCGUCGAACAAACGAUUCUUUUAUUCACAGUCUAUCCGAGGGUGUCGCUAAUGGCUCAAUCGAGGUCACCAAGCAAUUUGGUAGCGAGCCGAUACCUCCCCCGCCCACCAUCUCUACCCCAGCAGUCAUUAAGAGAAUUGAAGAGACAUCGACCCGUCCACUCAUUUCAUACUGCCAGGGUGGCGAUGAUUAUCUUCUCGUGGACUACGGAGAUGGUCAUUUCGACAUCAACCACAAAUGUCGUACAACGGCGUUGAACCGGAAGCUCAAGGCUAGUACAGGACCAAUCAAAUUUUCCGCUACCGGCGAGGGCAUCUACAAUACUGUCUGUAUUGGGAAUUCGAUGAUGAUCUACUAUAAUGGUCUUGUUAUCCCGCAGGCAGAACUGCUCGAGUAUCUUGUCUCUCUCGAAGAGGACUUGGGUGACUUGCAUUCCAUCACUCUACCAAACCGGACUUUCACAUUACCUUUGACUUUCACACAUCCGAAGCUCACUGAAUCAAUUGAGCGAUACAUGGCCAACCAACGACCUUACGCUAGCUAUUUGCCCGAUACUUUCAAGUUCGUGGCAGAGAACAAUGGCAUCUCGGUUGAUGAUUUCAAGAAACUGUGGCUGACAGCCGACUUUGUGACAGUUGGUGUUGGCUUUUUUAUGGCUCUGCCAGAGUGCUUGCCAGCGGAUCCACGUCAUCGAUUAAAUGCCCCAAAGAUGAAUCCUAGUCGUACAUUCACUCCCGAGGGUACAGUAUCUUGGGGUGGAAGUUGCCUAGCGAUAUAUCCGGUUGACUCCCCGGGAGGCUACAUGAUGACCGGCAUGACAAUCCCAGGAGUAGAUACGCUAGGCUACAAGUAUGGUUUCUCUCAAGACAAGCCGUGGAUGUUUGAGGACAUGGACGUCAUUAAGUUUGAGGAAGUUAGCCUGGAAGAGUAUGAUCGUCAGAUGGCCCUUUUCAGAAGCGGUAGAUAUGAGUGGAAGGUUGAGCCGUCCACCUUUGAUAUGAAAGCACAUAAUGAGCUUCUAAGAAGCGUGGAAGGCGAAGUAAAAGCUAUGAAGGAGCGGCAAAAGGAAUUCCAAGACAAGAUGGUGGCCUUAGAGCGACAAUUGCUGGACAAGUGGGCCGAAGAUAAGAAAGCUAGUGGUGUAUCAAUGGAUAAUGUUCAUGCUCUUCUAGACGAGCCUGAUAUAGAAGCAAUCGAGGCACCAGUCAACGCCAAUGUCUGGAAGGUCCUGGUUGAGGAAGGCCAGCUACUUCAAAAGGGUCAAACAGUGAUCAUUCUCGAGGCGAUGAAAAUGGAAAUAAAUGUGAACGUUGAUGAUCGGCUUGACGGUACCAAGAUAGAAAAGGUCCUGAUUGCACCCAAUGAUAUCGUUCAGAGUGGGAAACCUUUGAUUCUAGUCAGGACCCAGACUAGCUAG